UGCAUUCUGCAGAAUAGCAUCAAACAUCUUGACAAGUAUAAUUUCUCAUGAUUUGCAUGAUGCAGCUGUUAAUCAGAGCGUAAGCACGAUGUUUGUUAAACCAGAGCGAAGAACAUGCGUUUCAAACUCACUCUCACACACUAACGUUCUCUAAAUGGCAGUGUCUUCAAACAUAAUAUGCUGCCUAGACAUCACUCUGAGAUUCUGAAGUAUGCAGCGCUUCCUGCUGCAGCCGUUGGGGUGGGUUUUGGCUCAUUCAGAAUUUAUUCCAUAAAUGAGAAAAUAAACGAGGAGCUAAUAUCUCCAAGAGAGUUGUCUAUUUACUCCCCAGAUGGUCCUGUUGUGCAUUUUGUGGAGGAACAGCCUGGUGUAGUGCAGACGGGGUUGGGAGCUGUGAGGGUGGGCCUGCAGCCGUACGUCCGAGCUGUGCAGAGCACCUUCACUUCAGUCAAACUUGGAGUGAUAUCUGUUUACCAUGCAGGGCAAGACACAUAUCACUUCCUUCGAGAUCCACCCCCUGGCUUCCUGCCUAGAGUGGGUGUCAUCGGUGUGUCUGGAUUGGGUGGACUGAUUCUGGCACGCAAGGGAUCUCGCUUAAAGAAGAUUGUCGUUUCUCUUGGUCUGGCAACCGCUGGUACUGCAGUAUGUUACCCUACACAGACUGUGGGAGUCCUGAAGAUUACAGGUAAAAAGGUGUAUGCUGUCAGUUCAUCUGUUGCUUCAAUGGUUAAAUCCAAACCAAAAAAUGAUGUCAUCAUGCCUGCUGUUAGUGUGGAGUCUGCUGCCGCAGUUACAAGCUCAGAUAUAGAAUCACCUGCUAAAACACUUUCUGAGCCGGAAGCUCCUCCUGUUGUUGAUGUAGCAUCUGGAAUUGAUGCUCCACCCUCUGAACCUGAAUCUCCCCCUGCAACUGACCCAGUUACAGAAACUACCUUUGAGCCUGUCCUAGAUGCAGAAGCCACCCCUGCUCCUGAUUCAACACCUUUUGCUGAAGUGGAUAUUAUUCCUGUUGUGGAAUCUAAAAUUGUCCCGGAAGCGGCCCCUGCUGCUCCAGAACUUGAAGUUCCUGUACCUACAGAGACCAUGCCCUCAACUACACCUACAGUAGAGGAAACCACGCCCUCUGAAGAUGUCACCCCAAUCACAGUAGAUGAGAAACAUGUUGCCCCACCCCCUGCUGAAGAAGCCCCGCCUUUAUCUGAACCUCCUGUAGUUGAGCCAGCCACAGUGAAGUCUCGUUUUGUUCCUGACCCGUCUCUGCUUGACCACGGCCAGUCUAAUCCAGAAGACGCAGACAUGUACAGCACACGGAGCUGAAUGAGUAACUGCAGCAGAGAGAAAGAUAGAGGAUAUGAUGAGAUGUUUUAAUGUGCCAUGAUUCCAGCAGCAUUUGAUCGUUUUGUGAUUAGGAUAUUCAUGUUUUACCAGUGAUGUGGAAGAAGGUUAUGUUUCUUUCUUUCAGCGCUGCCUCACACUUAUGAGAAGUUUUUUUUUUUACCUCAGCAGGGAUAUGAAACACACACAAGGUUACAUUUCUGUUCACACACGUUAUGUACAUUUGGUGGAUGCUAUGGAGGAAAACCCAGGGAAACAGUAUUUUAAUAAAAGCCUGUGGUCCCUUA